AUGGCCAGUGGGAGGGGAGCAGAUGUAAUGCCACACCCAAAUCUGAGUGUUGCUGCUGGCUGUUACCAUACAACAGUACAACAGUACCCACCAUGAUGAUUACUCCAGUCUGGGAGAGCUGCACUCGUCUCCAUGGCAGCAGGGAUUAAUUUAAUGACAAUAUUUUGAGCUUCCUCAAAAACGCUGCUGUCACCAUGUUGGCACUCCUAGCUGGAAUCUUCCUCAUUCACCUCACUGGUAUCAUUCUCCUCCUCGCGGCCACCAUCAACAAUGCUUGGUGGGUGACAGACACCGUCUCCACAGAUAUCUGGGCUCGUUGGGUGUGGGUGAAUGGAGCAUGGAACUACACCGACCUCCCAGACAUCCAUACCUAUGGUGAAGAGUAUCUCCAGGCAGUGCAGGCCAGCUCGUGUCUAGCCUGCAUCUUCUCCAUCCUGGGCCUGUUUGUGUUUUUGGGCCAGCUCUUCACGCUACCCAAGGGAAAGAGGUUCGCCUUCUCCGGCAUCUUUCAGCUCAUAGCCUGCCUGUGCAUCAUGAUCGCGGCCUCCAUCUACACGGACAGGUUUCACAGGAACGAGGCCGGGGGCUGGUACGGCCCCUCUUUCAUCCUGGCCUGGAUCUCCUUCGUGCUCACCUUCAUCUCCACUAUAAUCUACUUUGUGCUCCGCAAGAAGACGGCGUGAGAGCCCCAUGGUGUGAAGUCUAGACCUAACAAAUGAUGAGGCUUGAUGUUGUAUGUUGUUGGACUUUAAUGUUUUAUUUUUUAAUAUUCGGCGAUGUGUUGUAAGUUUCUUUUUGUUGUUGUUGUAUACAUUGUAGAGACGGAUAUAUUAGGUGAGGGAUUUUUGAAGAGGGGGUAUUUUUAUACUUCAUCCUGUUUUGUUUCCACUGUGUUUGCUUGAUUAAUGUAUUAAUUAUUUCAAAGCUAAUACAAUUUUAAUAGGGCUCAUAGAUUUGCCACGCUGAGUGCAAUGUAGAGACUGAGACUUAAAAGAGUGAAAUAAAGAGGGAGAGAGACAUUAUUAAGCCAAGGAUGCAUCACCCCUGACGUUCUCAAGCUAUUACUGCUUCCUGCAAAACAUUUGAUUGAUUUUUCAAUUAUUGCCCCAAAUAAAACCAAGUCAAGCCGCACAGAGCGCAGCAGGAAAACGAAUAGAAUAGAGGAGUCUCUUGAGUGUGGACCAAAGAAUCCAAUCUCAGUGCAUUGGCCUCCCACAUUAGUCUUCACAGCUUAGUGACUCACGUUAUUCUCCAGUUCAUACACUAUGGCAGUGGUUCCCAAACUUUUUCAGUG